AUGUCUGGCUGUGCGGUGGAGACUACCCCCUGCUCAGAUGUCCAGCUCAAGCAGAAAAUUACAGCAGAGGGUUCGAUUACUACAGCAGGUGAACAGCCAUCGAUAGCUCCCAGCACCAAACAGCCUGUCACGUCGCUAGCUCCCAGCACCAAACAGCCUGUCACAGUCCGCACUCCACAGAUCCACUGGCAUGGCAAGAGCCCUGUGUUUGCUAUCGACUUUCACCCUCACCUUCCACGGCUGUGCGCGACUGGCGGGAGUGAGCCGGACGGGACGGGAGGAAUCCACCUAUGGCUACUGAACGACGGGGAGAAUGCAGUGGAGGCACCUGUACAAUUCAUCCAGGACCUUCAAGGUCAUGAAAAGCCUGUCAACUGCCUGAGGUUUUGCCCCAAAGGAGACCUGCUUGCGUCCUCGGGUGUUGAAGGAGCAAUCAUCAUAUGGAAGCGAAGCUCCACAUGGGAAUUCAUGACCGUGUUGAGAUCUCAUACCCUCGACGUUUGCGAUCUCUCAUGGUCACCCUCGUCUCUUCAACUCGUUUCUGCUUCAGUUGACAACACCGGGACGGUUGCCUGCAGCAUUCGAGGACAUGAUCACUUCGUCCUUGGAGCCUCCUGGGAUCCGCAAGGGGAUUUCAUCUUAACCGUCAGCAGCGACAGCUCGUGCCGCUUUCACGUGUCGAAAUCGAAGAAUUCUUGCUUCUGCGACAACUCUCUCAUUCCAUUUGGCAGAGAGUAUAAGAUUUUCAUCGAUGAUACGGUGGCUGCUCAUCGACGGAGAGCUGCAUGGUCGCCGGAUGGGUUGUUUGUCGUUAUUCCUGGAGGCCUCUACCAGCAAAGUCAAACUACGAAGCCAGUAUACUCUACAAACGUAUUUGCGCGAAGAAAUCUUGCCAAGCCUUUUGCCGUCCUGCCUUGUGGGAAACAGCCAAGCAUAGCCGUCCGCAGGUUUUGUCCGGUUCUAUUCAAGAUAGCGACCUGCGAAGAACAAGUUUCUCACUCUCAAUCUUCUCCCUCCAGAAUGAUCUUUGCGGUAGCCACACAGAGCUCAAUGUUGGUUUAUGACACCGCUCAAAUGCAAACUCCGAUACUCUACGUCAGUGGAAUUCAUUUCACUCCUCUCACGGACAUCGCAUGGUCCAGUGAUGGCAAGUUCAUGAUCGUGACAUCCAGCGAUGGUUAUUGUUCAAUCGUCGAGUUCGCACCUGGUGGGCCCAUACCCAAUCCUCAUGGCGCGUGA